AAAGAAUGAAAAGGGACGUUAUAAGAAUCUUUAGGUUGUGUGAAUCGGGGCGAUAGAUUCUACAAGAUGAAGAUUUUUAUUCUUCUUGCUCUGGCUACUGCUGCUGCAGCCGUGCGAUAUGAUGGAUAUCAGGCACUUCGUGUGGAGCCAAGGGAUGAACUACAGCUUGACUUUCUUAACAACCUGAAAAAUGAACUUGAAGGAAGGAUAUCAUUCUGGUCUCAACCCCGAACCACCAAGCGACCGACCGACAUCCUUGUCCAACCUCGCUUCCAGGAUGACCUCAAGGAAUUGUUGGAUGCUAAACUGAUCAAAUAUUCUGUCAUGAUCGACGAUGUCCAGUCCGUCAUCGACUCACAAGUCCGCUCUGAACAUGAAGUCGAGAUCGGUGUGGAUUUCAUUUACAGUCUAUAUCACACAUAUGCCGAGAUCCAAGCUUGGGUUUUUGAUAUUGCAGAUGAAUACAGCUCUAUUGCUCAGCAAUUCCAGAUCGCAACAUCUUACCAUGGUCGCGCUAUCAACGCUCUGAAGAUCAGUACAGGAGGUGGUGGCACAAAGAAAGCAGUCUACUGGCAGGGAGGCAUCCACGCACGUGAAUGGAUCUCACCAGCUACAGUCAUGUUUAUAACUAAGUCUCUUCUGGAGAGGUACGGCGUGGACAACGAUGUGACAGAAAUCCUAGAUACUUUCGAUUUUUACAUUGUACCCUCACUCAACGUCGAUGGCUAUUAUCAUUCUUGGAACUUUGACCGACUGUGGAGGAAGACUCGAUCGGUUAACAGGGGUAAUGGAUGCCGAGGUGUCGAUCCUAACAGGAACUACGAAUAUGAAUGGGGAGGUGAGGGUGCAAACCCCAAUCCCUGCACAGAAACCUACCCUGGACCGAACGCAUUCUCUGAACGCGAGAUAGCCGAAACAACAUCUUUCCUUCUCAACGCCAACCAGGAGUUCGUUUGCUUCAUCGACUUCCACAGUUACUCUCAGCUCUGGCUUGCUCCCUGGUCGUACACGGCCAGGGCACGCCUCCCAGAGGACUUGGAGGAUCACUUUGACGCUGGAAUGAAGGCUAUCACCGCCUUAGAGAGUGUGUACAAUACAGACUACCUCUACGGACCCUCCGCCUUGACUCUCUACGCCGCCUCAGGAUGCAGUGUGGAUUGGGGUUACGCCAAACUGGGAGCCAAGUACUCGUAUGUGGUGGAGCUGAGAGAUAUGGGAUCAUACGGGUUUCUCCUUCCCUCUGAUCAGAUCAUCCCAACCGGAGAGGAGACACUUGAAGGAGUCCUGGCACUCUGUAAACACAUGGUGGAAGAAUACAAGUAGAUAGAAUUUGAUACUUAUAGGAAUGGAAUCCCAAUCUAAAAGGAAUAAAGUGAUCACAUAUUCACUCUUUUACGAGUAAGAAAAAUUCUUGAAAAGGCAGAGUACUAAUCCACUCCUUUUUUUUCACGGAACACUCUUCCAAGCAAUAGAAGAACGAUAGAAGAAUACUAAAAGAGCAUGUUAAUGCUCUUAAAACAACAGAAAACAUUUUUUUGCCGAGUAAAAAUUUAUUGAAAACUAAAACUUUACACUAUAUUUGUAGCAUUGCAAGAUGAAACUUUGUGAAUGUUUUUAUUUCAGAAAUCAUUUUUAGUGUGAUAAUCUACCAGGGAGCUCGUGUUCUAUUUCUAAAAUCCUAUCUUGGAAUGAAGUAUCUCAAGCCAAGUCAGACAUGUCAGAGGGAAACUAUCCCAUUGCUAAAGCAAGCGGCAGACCUUGGGGCCGAGUGGAGCCUUUGAAUUUUAGACGCCCUUAUUUUGUUGUCAUUUUGGUAGCUAUUAACACUGUGGUGGCGUACUUUUACCUGAGAAGAAAAGAUGAUUCUAGACGUCGUCAGAAAGUUGGUUUACACUGAUUUUUCUUAAGAGCCCAAGUAUCGUUCGACUCAACGCAAUUCAUCGUCAAUGCAACACUCAUCCAACUAUUAUUUUCGUUUUUUUGCGCCUCGGAGGUAGAUUAUUGUAAAUAAAAGUUGUUUCACGUUUCUACUCAUCAUUACAAUGUGAGAGUAGUUAUCAUUAUUUCAAUUGUUAUUUUCAAUAUCAAGAAUAUUAUCUUUAUUGUAGUCGCCAUUGGUAUUGUGUUUGUUAAUUUCAUUACUGUCACUUGUAUGAAGCGUAUGAAUAAAUAACGUUAUUUUAAGCGAA